CGUCGACUCGUCAUCCACUGUAUUCUGGUCCGCAGCAGGAAGUCGCUCGACGAUCCUGAAACCUGACACAUUUAUGAGCGCAUCCACUCGGUAGUAACGCUCAUUUCGUCCUGGCCGAAUCAUGGCAGCUUCUGAAGCGUGUUCCUCCUCCGCCGCAACCAACUUCAAGGUGUUCAGGGGAACGAUCGUCCACUCGACCCAGGAGGAAGCCCUGGUCAUACUGGAAGAUGCGCUGCUGGGGGUGGAUUCCACCGGGAAGAUUUCCUUUGUUGAAAAAGGCCCGGAGCUGGAAAAGGUGUCUGCAAAGUUUGGAUUCAACCCAAGUGCUGUUACUCAACUAUCACCUCAGGAGUUCUUCAUGCCCGGCCUGGUGGACACCCACAUCCAUGCAGCCCAGUACAGCUUUGCAGGCACUGCUCUGGACCUGCCCCUGCUCGACUGGCUCCAGACCUACACCUUCCCCGUGGAGUCCAGGUACUCGGAUCUGGAGUUCGCCCGCGAGGUCUACACGCACGUGGUGAAACGGACCUUGAGAAAUGGUACUACAACCGCCUGCUACUUCGCCACCAUACACACAGACGCCUCCCUCCUGCUAGGAGAGAUUGCGAAUGACUUUGGGCAGCGUGCCCUGGUGGGUAAAGUGUGCAUGGACCGAAACGGGCUUCAUGAACAUUACAAAGAAGAAACACAGGAGUCCCUGGACGAAACCUCACGCUUCAUCAGCGAGCUGAUAAAGAGGAAGUACCCCUUGGUGAAGCCGGUGGUCACUCCCCGCUUCUCGGUGUCGUGCACCUCGGAGCUGAUGCUCAAGCUCGCGGAGGUGGCCAGGAACAACAACCUUCACAUUCAGAGCCAUAUCAGUGAAAACAAGGAUGAGGUGGAGCUGGUGCAGCAACUGUUCUCUGAGUCCGAGUCCUACACGGACGUCUACCGCAAGCACAACCUGCUCACCAGCAAGACCAUAAUGGCUCACGGCUGCUACCUGAGUGAUGAAGAGCUGAAGAUCUUUCACCAGACGGGAAGCUCUCUGGCUCACUGCCCCAACUCCAACCUCUCGUUAUGCAGUGGGCUGUUGGACGUCCGUAAAGUUCUCAGCCAUAAAGUUAAACUGGGCCUUGGAACAGACGUUGCGGGGGGGUACUCCCCCUCCAUGCUGGACGCGGUGAGGCGAACCCGGGACACGUCCAAGGCCCUGAAAAUCCAGGACCCCGCCCACCAGACCCUGACCUGGGAGGAGACCUUCAGACUGGCCACGCUGGGGGGAAGCCAAGCUCUGUCCAUGGACGACCAGACCGGUAACUUUGUGGUGGGAAAAUACUUUGAUGCCCUGAGGGUGAAUGUGGCUGCGCCUAAUGGCCCUAUCGACCUGGUUCAAGAUGACGGACCAAAGGUUCUGCUAGAGAAGUUCCUGAAUUUGGGUGAUGACCGUAACAUCCUAGAAGUGUAUGUGGCUGGAAGGAAGGUGGUGCCCCUCUCGUAACCUGGGCAGCAGAAGAGAAACAGUGCCUCGUGUCUCUUGGUGUCUCAAACAUGCCUAGUGUGAAUGUUCUAAGGGCUCUAAAGUUAACUUUGAGUAAAAGGGAUCAGCAAAAGGGAAUUGUGAUACAUUUGUUAUUUUAUGUAUGUUCGGGAAAUCAUAAAAUUGGUUUAUUUGUUGUACGUGUCCACUUACAGCCUUACACUGAAUGUGUGCCGAGCAUUUAUGGUUGUAUCAAAUUGUAUAACUAAUCAGCAACUGACCUCAGCAAUUUUAAUGCUGAAUAUUGUAGAAAAAACAUGUAAUGCUAUUGCUCGGAUAUAAUCCUACAUUUUGCAUAUCUAUGCGUAUAUAUCUUUAUCCUUAUACGUUUUCAUAACCUGUCAGUUUCCAGCAUAUACUUUGCAAUUAUUUUAAUUGUAAAUGUGUAAUCUGUUUUUCAACUAAUUCCAAUGGGUCUUUUAUUUUAUCACGUUUAAUUCGACUCCACUCUGUCUGUACAUCCUGUGCCUUUCUCUGGAUCCAAAUGUUUCUCCUCAUGCUUUAAGGUGUGAAUUGUGCUUAAUGAAAAAAUGCUUAUGUAGCUUUUCCAAAAUAAUUAUUGAGAAGGGAAAUCUUUAAGAAGGGAAGAUCACCAUAGGAAUGAUAUAUAUAAUUUACGGAACUAAGAAGUAUGAAGGAACCAUAUGUAUCCGGAAAUAAUGCAAUAAAUACAUUGUGUUCGA